CCAAACCAACAGGUUCACAUGUCCUUGAGCGCCAAGGAAAACCUAGUCACUCUGGUCGAGCUCGAAUCAUAAAUUCCAAGACGAAGCAAGUGUUGUCGGAGCUUCCAUUUUCGGAUAACUGCAUACAGAAAAAAUUGCGAGCUGAGAGAACCGCUACCUGAGAGUACGACGUACCACCACGCAGCGAAACGACGAGGAGUUUGGGGUGACCGGAGAAGAGAACGACACGUGGCGAGUAGAGACCAGAACAGCGAGUUGUAGGAGAAGAACGAAAUUGCAGAUAGUUUAGUUGUCAAGUCACAAAACAGUUUCGCCACUUAAGAUCCCAUCGAAAUCUGCCAAAAUGUCGCGGAAGGGUUUGAUGGAGCAAGACCUGAGUAAGUUGGAUGUGACAAAGUUGCAUCCACUUUCUCCCGAAGUCAUAUCUCGGCAAGCUACUAUUAAUAUUGGCACUAUUGGUCAUGUGGCACAUGGCAAGUCAACAGUUGUGAAAGCAAUAUCAGGUGUCCAGACUGUGCGUUUCAAAAAUGAGUUGGAGCGUAACAUCACAAUCAAGCUUGGCUAUGCAAAUGCAAAAAUAUACAAGUGUGAAGAUGAACGGUGUCCAAGGCCUAUGUGCUACAAGGCUUAUGGAAGUGGGAAAGAAGAUGGUCCUAUGUGUGAUGUUCCGGGGUUUGAAAACAGCAAGAUGAAAUUGCUGAGACAUGUUUCAUUUGUGGAUUGUCCGGGACAUGAUAUUCUCAUGGCUACUAUGCUUAAUGGAGCAGCAAUCAUGGAUGGAGCUUUAUUACUCAUAGCUGCUAAUGAAAGCUGCCCACAACCACAAACCUCUGAGCACUUAGCUGCUGUGGAAAUUAUGCGUCUACAGCAUAUAAUAAUCCUUCAGAACAAGGUUGACUUGAUUCAAGAAAAUGUGGCAAUCAAUCAGCAUGAAGCAAUUUCAAAGUUUAUACAGGGAACUGUUGCCGAUGGUGCACCAGUAGUACCCAUUUCAGCACAGUUAAAGUAUAAUAUUGAUGUUGUGUGCGAGUAUAUUGUAAAGAAGAUCCCAAUCCCUGAGAGGAACUUUGUUUCUCCACCUAACAUGAUUGUAAUCCGAUCAUUUGAUGUCAAUAAACCUGGUUUUGAGGUUGAUGAAAUAAAAGGAGGUGUAGCUGGUGGAAGCAUUCUGAGGGGUGUUUUGAAGGUGAAUCAAUUCAUUGAAGUUCGACCUGGGAUUGUUGUUAAAGAUGAGAGUGGAAAUAUCCGAUGCACACCAAUAUACUCAAGAAUAGUUUCAUUGUAUGCCGAACAAAAUGAGCUUCAAUUUGCUGUACCUGGAGGCCUAAUUGGUGUUGGGACAACAAUGGAUCCCACACUGACACGUGCCGAUAGGUUGGUAGGUCAAGUUCUAGGAGAGGUUGGAUCACUACCUGAGGUUUUUGUUGAAUUGGAGGUAAACUUUUUCCUGCUCAGACGGCUUCUUGGGGUCCGAACAAAAGGGUCAGAGAGACAAGGGAAGGUAUCGAAGCUGGCGAAGGGAGAGAUGCUAAUGUUGAACAUAGGAUCAAUGUCAACGGGGGCUAGAGUAAUUGCUGUGAGAAAUGACUUGGCAAAGUUGCAACUUACAUCCCCUGUCUGCACUAGCAAGGGUGAGAAGAUAGCACUUAGUCGACGUGUUGAGAAGCAUUGGCGUCUUAUUGGAUGGGGCCAAAUCCAAGCAGGAAUCACCCUUGACGUCCCUCCUGCCCCCCAUUUCAGUUGAACGCAGAUAAGCAACACCACAGAAAACAACUGCAGCAGCUUUAAAAACCCGACAACAAUUUAGAUAUGUGGGAAGGGAGACAAUUGUUAGGAACAAUUUUUUUGAAGUGGCGAAGAAAACAUUUUGAUUGUUCUCUAUUUUAGUUUUCACAUCGUUGUUGUUUUAUUUUGCCCAUGUACCUAUUAUUGAAGUUCAUACCUAGCCUUAACUAGGACAUACCGGGAUCUUUAGUUUGUUGUUAUACUUGAGAUAUCAACAUGCUACCAUAAAGAGAAGAGUGUUUCUCCUUA